AUGAUCGCAGCGAUAUCCGGAUGUACCAGUCGCAAGGACAGACGCUCGACAACGGAACUCGCCGCAACAUACGCCGCUCUUAUCCUUGCCGAUGAAGGCAUUGAGAUCACCUCCGACAAAAUUCUCGCGUUGACAACCGCUGCGUCAGUCGAAAUCGAGCCGAUUUGGGCAACCCUCCUCGCAAAGGCGCUUGAGGGCAAGAAUGUAAAAGAACUCCUUUCUAACGUCGGCGGUGGGGCUGCGCCAGCUGCUGGUGCGGCACCUGCGGCUGGUGGCGGCGCGGCGGCAGCAGCAGAAGCACCGAAAGAGGAAGAGAAGAAGGAAGAGGAGAAAGAGGAGUCAGACGACGACAUGGGUUUCGGUCUGUUCGAUUAG